AUGCUGACCGAGUAUCUCUUCGUCUUCGCGCAGGUGCACGAUGAGUUCCGGAUACCCGAGCUUCUCUCCGUGGCGGAGAUCCACGGGUUCGAGAUCAAAUUUUCCGAGAACCCCGAAGACCGGAAGACGGUAGCACGCCCGUUCAUGGUGCUCGAGCUCGAGAGCGAAGAGCACGCUAGGCUACUCGCACAACGAUGCGUCCUUAUCAGAUAUGUAUGCGAGUUUUACGCCCGCGGCAAGACUUACGAGGAAAUGCAUCGACAAAAUCGCAUACGCGCACCCCAAUGGGAAAAAUAUGCCGCCGACACAUCCUUCAAAUUCCUUGUGACCGCAUUCAACCACACGAUACCUCAGCGGCGCCAAACUGAGGUAGUAGAGAGCUUCGACUACAUGGACUGGCAAGGCAAGAUCGACAUGAAGCAUGCAGAGGUCACGCUUUUCUGCCUUGAAGAGUACAGAGACAAGCACGGCACUACCCGCCCCAGAGACGAAGGCGACGGUGACUUCGAAGAAGUUUGGUUCGGCAGGUUGAUAACAGACGGUACCGCACGUCCGCUUAUCCACAAGUUUGACGUGAAGAAACGAGUCUACUAUGGGAAUACCAGCAUGGAGGCAGAGAUGUCUCUUCUCAUGGCGACCCAAGCUUUGGCAGCGCCGGGAAAACUAGUAUAUGAUCCAUUUGCCGGGACGGGCAGCAUGGCAUACACCUCUGCUUACUUCGGGGCCUACUUCUAUGGAUCGGACAUCGACGGCCGGCAGAUGCGAGGGAAGACAAAUCAACCCGGAAUCAUCCGCGCUGCCGCGCAAUAUGGCGUCGCGAGCCGUAUCAUGGACCUCGGCACAUUCGACGUAACUCAAAAUCCCUGGAGAUGCGGAGAGCUGUUCGACGCAAUCAUCACCGACCCUCCCUAUGGGGUACGUGCGGGCGCGAAGCGUCUGGGGCGCAAAAACCCACGCCCGCCACAAGAAGGCCCUCCGCCCGUCUUCGUGCAGCGCCCAGACGACCAGCCAUACAUUCCCCCGAUGCGCCCCUACGAGCUCUCAGAGCUCGCACGAGACCUGGUAUUGCUAGCGCGAUAUAUGCUCAGACCGCGUGGACGCCUCGUAUUCUUCUUGCCUACGAUCACGGAGGACUACAAGGAGGUCGAUGUGCAAGGGAUGCUCUGCGAAGGGAUGGAGCUCGUCGCGAACUCGCUGCAAGACUAUGGCUCUUGGGGCCGAAGACUUAUCACAGUUCGGAAGACGACGACGGAGAAGUAUCCACCACCUACGUUCGAUCCUGCGCAUGCCGUCACGGACAACGUCGCGGCGCAUGUGCCGGCGCACAAAGAUUUCCGCGAAAAGUAUUUCCAGGGGUUCAAGAAGAAUCAACAAGAUGGUACGGCGAGCGAACAAUAG